AUGCAUGAUAGAACAUCAAGUGAAAUCCGACAAAUCACAGACAUUUCUAACUAUAUAAUCCACACAACACAAGAGUUUCAAUUUCCAAAAGAUAUCACAUUUUCAAAACUGCAUGGAACAUAUUAUUUCAUUCACGACGCUUCAAAAGCCCAAAUCAAUUCAAUUCAAAGCAACUCCAAUGUGAUUUCAGUUGAAAAAGCUUCACAAAUCCGUUUUGAUACAAGAUUUGAAGCCGGAUUCAUGGAAAAUGGGAAUUUAGAUUUAACAUAUAAAAAUGGCUACUUAUGGUCAUUACGUUCGACAAACCUUACAGGAAAAGGUGAAAUUAUUGCUUUGGCAGAUUCAGGAAUCGAUUAUAGGCAUCCAAUGCUCAAUGACUCAUCACGACAAUUAAUUAAUAACACUCUUGACCUCAAUCAACGAAAAAUCGUUUAUUAUGAUUCAUGGAAAGAUUUUUAUGACUAUAUCCCAGGCCACGGCACACAUACAGCAGGUAUUAUAGCAGGGAAAUCAGAAUGCGGUAAUAUUUUACCUCUUUACGAUGGUAUUGCACCUGAAUCAAAAUUAUAUUUCCUAGAUAUGGCCAAAGGUGACAAUAAAAUGCUUUUUGACGACUUUGAUAAAGAUAAAUUUGUUCAGUCGUUGAAAGAUCUCAAUAUUGGCAUCAGUUCGAACAGUUGGGGUUCAAAUGAAAUAGAUUACACAUCUACAAUGACAGAUAUCUAUGACAACCUCGCAUAUAAUAACCCAGACAUUUUAUUUGUUUUUGCAGCCGGAAACAGCGAAAAAUCAUGGACAAUUGACAGUCCUUCUUCAGGAAAAAACAUUUUUUGUGUUGGAGCAACUGAUGGAACUCCAGGUCAAAUGAUGGGAGAAGCAUCAACACCACAGAUCGAAAUAUCAGGUACAAAGAUUGAUUUGUUGCAAUCUUCUUGGUCAACAAAUUUAUUUAAUCAAUUAAAUAAGGAAGAACCAUUAUUUAAUGUUGCAAAGCCUGUUUAUGUUACAUCUAAUGAUAAUACAUGUGAUUCUAUCAAACAAAUCCUUGAAAAUGAACAAACAAAAAUAUUAAUUUUGAAAUCAUUACCAGAUUGCAACAAAAUGAGUAAAACAGUACUUGCAACAUUAUCUGAUGAUGAUUUCCAGUUAAUUUCUCAAUCUUCAUCUGCAAAUUUCACAAUGAAAUUAAGUGAUUUUUCAUAUGAAAAAGCAAAUUUUGCAAGUGCUGGUCCAGCAUAUUCAGGAAUCUUGAAACCAGACAUAUCAGCACCAGGCGUCAUCACAGGUGCUCUUUCAUAUGGAAAUUCAGAAACAGCAGAAAGAAAAUGUGAUUUUUCAAGUCUUUCACAGUUCACAGGAACAUCAGAGUCAACACCAAUUAUUUCAGGAUUUUCAAGUCUUUUACGUGAACAUUUUCGAUCAAAAGGAGUUACUCCUUCAUCUUCUUUACUUAAAUCAUUAAUUAUUUCAUCAACAAAAUCAAAUAAAAGAGAUUUAAAUACAGGUUUUGGAAUUCCACGAUUAGAUUGUGCAAUUAAAUCAUCAUAUUCAGAUCGUGUUUUAAUCAAAGGAAAUCAACAUUUAUAUUGUGAAUUUUCUAGUCAAACAGGAGACAUAUCAGCAUCAAUUUCAUGGUUAGAUCCAUUGUUAUCACGUGAUAUUGCUUAUCCAUUACUUGCAGAUUUAUCUAUUUUCAUUGAAUCACCAACAGGAAAAGUUUAUCAAGAAGAAUUCGGAAAUUCCAUUUUGACAACAAACAAAAAGAUCAGUGUUACAAGUGAAACUUAUGAAGGUACAUGGAAACUUCAUGUUAUCAGUUCUCGUUUCGAAGGUAAUGUUUCAUUUUCAUGUUCUAUUUCUAAUUACAUGUCAGAAAAACUUGAAUUUGCUGAAGAAACCGAAAAAUGUUUAUCCGAUUGUUCAUGCAACAAAGGUAUCUGUGAAUGUCCAUCAGAUAAGACAGAUCAUCUUUGUUCAACAAAUUCAAGAGAUAUUUCUAAUUCAGGUGCAUUUGUUGGUCAAGGCAAAUAUGUUUUUCGUGCACGAGUUCCUAAUAUUGACAAACCACGAAUUGAUGUUUCAUUCAAAGGAUAUUCUAAUGUUUAUCUUAUCAAAGGUAUUUCUAAUCAACCAAGUGACAGUUUCACAUCACUUUUAUUCCGAAACAAAGAGACAAAUCUUUCUAACUAUGAAGUAUUAGAACCAGGAACAAACAUCACAAUCAUUGUUCGAAGUUUUAGUUCAGGUUCAUUCAGAAUUUCAUUUAUCAGUUCUUCAUAUAUUCCAUCAACACCUCCUCCUACAGAAUUCGUCUAUCCAACAUCAACACCAGAAAUUCCUCCUAUCAGAACUCCUUUUCCUUCUAAAUUCGAAUCUCCUUCAAAUACAUAUCACAACAGCAACAUCACAUCAAAUCAAAACACUAAAUGGAUUCUUCCAACAUCCAUUACUAUCUGUUCAUUGAUUGGCAUCAUCAUGAUUGUUUUCAUUAUUUUUGUUGUUUUCAAACUUCGCAAAUCCCACAAACAUGAAGAUUUCAGCACAUCUGGUCAAUUAUCAGCACCUAUUUUAUAG